CCCCCGCCCCCUCGCGGUCUCCGCCUCCUUCCCUCACACACCCCCUGGGCCGCCCGGGCCGCAGGCCUUCUCUGUGCUCCUCCUCUCUUUCCCCACACUCACUGGAUCCUGGGUUUUCCUGCUGCCCGCCGGCCUGGCCUCUGGGGCGAGUCCUCCUCCUCGGGUUCUCCUUUCACACACGCGCGCCUUCGCUCGCUGGGCCGACCCCUCCUCACCAGCCCUCCUCAUCCUAGUCCUUGCUUACGCCGUCGUCAGGGGAGGAUUGAUGUCCCUUCAGCAUCAUGCAGCCGCCGCCGAGGAAGGUGAAAGUUACACAAGAACUGAAAAACAUUCAAGUUGAGCAGAUGACAAAACUUCAAGCCAAACAUCAAGCAGAAUGUGAUUUGCUUGAAGAUAUGAGGACAUUCAGUCAGAAGAGGGCUGCUAUUGAAAGAGAGUAUGCACAGGGUAUCCAGAAGUUGACUAGCCAGUACCUGAAGAGAGAUUGGCCUGGAAUAAAACCUGAUGAUCGGAAUGAUUACAGGAGUAUGUAUCCUGUUUGGAAAUCUUUUCUCGAGGGAACAAUGCAGGUGGCCCAAUCUCGGAUCAAUAUAUGUGAAAACUAUAAAAACUUCAUUUCUGAACCAGCAAGGGCAGUGAGAAGUGUAAAAGAACAACAACUAAAAAGGUGUGUGGACCAGUUAACAAAGAUCCAAAGUGAAUUACAAGAGACAGUGAAAGACUUAGCUAAAGGCAAAAAGAAGUACUUUGAGACUGAACAGAUGGCUCAUGCAGUACGAGAGAAAGCUGACAUCGAGUCAAAGUCUAAACUUAGUCUUUUUCAAUCAAGAAUCAGUUUACAGAAGGCAAGCGUAAAGUUAAAAGCCCGGCGAUCUGAGUGUAAUUCCAAAGCUACUCAUGCAAGGAAUGAUUAUCUUCUUACUCUGGCAGCAGCAAAUGCACAUCAGGAUCGCUACUAUCAAACAGAUUUAGUUAAUGUUAUGAAGGCUCUUGAUGGAAAUGUGUAUGAUCACCUCAAGGAUUAUUUGAUAGCCUUCAGCCGGACUGAGCUAGAAACAUGCCAAGCUGUGCAGAACACAUUCCAGUUUUUAUUAGAAAAUUCCAGCAAGGUGAUACGGGACUAUAAUCUUCAGCUGUUUUUACAAGAGAAUGCCGUGUUUCACAAACCUCAGCCCUUCCAGUUCCAGCCCUGUGACAGUGAUACUAGUUUAAAAGCCGCCCAACUGGUGGAUAUUGAGCUCUCCCCUGUCAGUGCUCUGAGAAUGACCAUAGCUGAGAGCCGACAAUUAGAAUCAGAAACUGGUACGACAGAAGAGCACAGUCUAAAUAAAGAGGCGCGGAAAUGGGCUACACGUGUGGCGCGUGAGCACAAAAAUAUUGUUCAUCAACAACGGGUUCUAAAUGAUCUGGAAUGUCAUGCAGUUGCUGUAUCUGAACAAAGCCGAGCAGAGCUGGAUCAGAAAAUAGAGGAAGCUAGAGAAAAUAUUCGUAAAGCAGAGAUAAUUAAGUUGAAAGCGGAAGCCCGGCUGGACCUGCUAAAGCAGAUUGGUGUUUCUGUGGACACAUGGCUAAAGAGUGCCAUGAACCAAGUAAUGGAAGAACUGGAAAAUGAGCGGUGGGCCCGCCCUCCCACAGCGACCAGCAAUGGCACUCUGCACUCGCUUAAUGCAGAUACCGAGAGAGAAGAAGGAGAAGAGUUUGAAGACAACAUGGAUGUUUUUGAUGACAGCAGUUCCAGCCCUUCUGGCACCUUAAGAAAUUAUCCCCUCACCUGCAAAGUUGUUUAUUCCUAUAAGGCUUCUCAACCAGAUGAGUUGACCAUUGAGGAACAUGAGGUGUUAGAAGUGAUUGAAGAUGGAGAUAUGGAAGACUGGGUAAAGGCUCGAAAUAAAGUUGGCCAAGUGGGUUAUGUGCCAGAAAAGUACCUACAGUUUCCCACUUCGAACAGCUUACUAAGCAUGCUGCAGUCCUUGGCAGCUUUGGACAGUCGGUCACAUACAUCCAGCAAUUCUACGGAAGCAGAGCUCGUUUCAGGCAGCCUCAACGGAGAUGCCAGUGUCUGUUUUGUGAAAGCACUUUAUGAUUAUGAAGGCCAGACAGAUGAUGAGUUAUCUUUUCCUGAGGGAGCAAUCAUCCGUAUCUUGAACAAAGAAAACCAAGAUGACGAUGGCUUCUGGGAAGGGGAGUUUAAUGGGCGGAUUGGAGUUUUCCCAUCGGUGCUAGUGGAAGAACUUUCAGCCUCAGAAAAUGGUGACACUCCUUGGAUGAAAGAGAUUCAGAUCUCUCCUUCCCCAAAGCCGCACGUUUCCCUGCCUCCACUGCCGUUGUAUGACCAGCCUCCCAGCAGCCCUUACCCUAGCCCAGAUAAGAGGAGCUCCCAGUUCUUCCCCCGAUCUCCUUCAGCACAAGAAAACAACCUUCAUGCUGAAUCCCCGGGAUUCUCACAGGCAUCCAGGCAGACUCCUGAAACCUCAUAUGGCAAACUGCGACCUGUCCGAGCAGCUCCCCCUCCGCCUACACAGAACCACCGUAGACCAGCAGAGAAGAUGGAAGAUGUGGAGAUCACACUGGUGUGAGGAUGGAUUUGCCCUCCAUUACAGCUACAAUCAAGGCCAGGCUUGGAGUUUGGCCAGUCUUGUUUUUUAGGCACCUUUGCAUGAUGACUCUUG